AUGAAAAUGGCAAUCCUCAUGUAGGUUCGGUUCGCUGUGCCGGCUCCGUAUGUUGCCAGUUUUUAUUUGCCGUAAAACGUUACGUUCCGCUCAUUCACCGGUCUCAGUUCAAUCUGGUGCUCCGUUACGGUAGCAUCGUGUUGUGCUUCGAAGCAGAUCAAGCACGUUACGGUAUUUUUUUUUUUGCAGUUAAGUGUGACCAGUACGGAACGUUCAAAAAACAAGCUUUACAGCGGAUAGGAUAUUAGUGAAAAGAGAAUAAAAUUUUCCUAAUUGUCUGGUUAAUAAAAAACAAAAACUGCUUCAUUAAAUAGUGUUCGACGGAUAAUUGUUUCAAAGCGAGGGGAAAUAAAUAAUAAAAAAACGGUCAAGAAAAUCUUCAACAAACUUUUCAAGGAUCGUUUAAUUCCGUUACACCAUUUUUUUUUGUUUAUUUAAACCAAAAACACAAAAAAAACGCCAACCAAAUCAUCCACCACCAGCUCAUCCAUUCCCUCACUAGCGGUGUAGUGUACACUCCACUACGGGUGUCAGUCAGUGGCCACCGGCGGUGGUCAUCAAUCAGUAUUAUGUUUAAUUAGUGCGAGGACAGCUGCUGGUUCGCGCGGUUUGUGAACCUAAAGCCGAACCGAACGUGAUCCAUCUCUUCGAUCCGAGACGCGUUGUGCCGUUUGUGCGUUGUGACGGAAAAAAGGUGUCAGGGAAGAAGGUGUUAGUUAGAGAGACGCUUUUACCUUCCGCAUGUGUGAACGCUAGAGCCACUGAUAAGUGAUACUGCUGGCUGAUGAUGCUGUGAUACAACCGCAUACAACCAAUCUUAAUGUGCUUCAAUGCGUGUGUGUGAGAAGAAAGGCUACUGCCACGUGUGCUUAGUGUGCAGUGCGUAUUUUGUUUUGUUGGUGCAUCCACGUGCUUAUGCUUAUGGUUGGCUGUUGACCGUGAAUCGACCGAAAUCUGACAUUGAGCAAUUCGCUGCUUCCAUGAAACGGCACUGCACUGCAUUCCAGUUCGUAGUCUAAGGGGCACUACCAAGAAGUGACAGUGCCCGUGUACGAGAAAGGUGUUUUCUUGCGUGGAUGUAACAACAAAUUAACCAUUCAACCGUGUGCGGAAUUAACCGAAUCAAUCCUUGGAAUCGGGUCUACGUACGGUGAUCAAAUCUUGAUGAGCACGAGGGGUGAUUACUGCUGACACACGGGACGUAGAGAGACAACUCCUUAACUGCAAUGCGUUCGGUCGGUUCGGUGACAACGGUGGAUGACCAAACGAACGUGCAGGACGACGCGACGGAUGACCGGUGGUUGCGACGGCGCCGACGACACGAAGAUGACAUAAAUUGGAAAAUGUCAACUCAGCAACAGGUGACACCGGAUCGGCCGACAGGCACGGUCACCGAUGGUACGGACCAAGCGCCACCAGUCCCAUCGUCGGUGGCGGUUGAUGGUGAGAAUAAUCCAAUUAAAUCGUUGCGACGGCAACGACGGGUUGAGGGCACCGCUACCGCCCCUACCGUCCCAUCAAUCACUGCUCCCUCAAUGCCAAUUGCUGGCACGGACACGGACCGUUGGUCGGGACGAUUGUGCCGGACAGCGGCCAUUGGAGAUGGUGAGGAAGAUGACCAGGAGGAAGCGUCUCUGCUGGCAGCUGAUAUUAGCAAACACAACCAAGGGUGUGAUGUUAGCGAACCGACGAGGACGUUGGUGUACGUUGAGGGGCUAGACGAGGAAAUUAAUAAAAAUAGCACCGGACAAGAUACUGCUAAUAACAAUCGGCUGGAAUGUACCGUAGCUUCCGUGCAGCAGCUCGUCGUAACGGACGUUGUCAAUGAGCUGGAGGACGCACUGGAGCGAAAGCGUCACAACACCGGCAAUGCACGCCGGCGUUGGAAGUUGCUCGCGAAGGCACUCCGGCACGAUUCGAGUGAAGACGAUCAGUUCUCCAAAUUUAACCUGAUCGAAGCUGAUCGUGCUGGUGAUGAGAAGGAUGAGAAUGUGUACGUUUACCGGCUGUACGAUCGGUACCGGUUGAAGAUCCGUCUGAUCGGUCCGGAACGUCCGUGGACUGCAAGUGAACUGAUCGGAUUUAACAAUACUGGCAAUAUCUGCGUUUGGCCGUCGGAGGAAGCGUUAGCUUACUACAUCCUUUCGCGACUAUCACAAUUCGACGGAACUUCAGUGCUCGAGCUCGGUGGUGGUAUGACCUGUCUGGCAGGGUUAGUACUUGCCAAGUACGGACAACCUGCGUUCGUACACGUGACCGAUGGGAAUGAGCUAUCGGUGGAGAAUGUGCGCAAAACGCUCGUACUAAACAAAUUCAACUGUACGAUCAAAUCAUCCGUGCUGAAGUGGGAACAAGCGAACAAGAAUCCGGAUCACGACACGGGAGAGCGAUAUCACUUUAUCUUGUCUGCUGACUGUUUAUUUUUCGACGAAUCACGAUCACAGCUGAUCGAUACGAUCUGGCAAUCGUUGGCCGAUGAGGGAGUCGCACUAAUUACGGCACCACGACGCGGUCAAACGUUGGAUCUCUUCCUGAAUGAGUGUGUUGCGCGUGGUUUCCAUUAUGAGCUGCUGCAGUGCUACAACGAAGCGAUCUGGGCACGACAUCUUGAACUAAAGCAGACGGACGGUUACGACGAGAACGUACACUAUCCGUUGCUGGUGAAGAUGUACAAAUAUGGCCCAGGGAGUGUGUUGCAUCGAUUGUGAAGUAUCACCGUCCUUCCCCGUACAGCGGUAGCUUUCAAACCAAUUCCAAACAGGAACCAAUUUGUUCACACAAUGUCCACGUACUUCCAUUUACUACGUUCAGCUGGACGGGAGUGUUUUUUUGAAAAUACAAAGGGAUAUCCUUGCCCGUACGCUUUGUUAGUUUUAAUAUAAUUAUGGAGCAUGCAUCCUGCAGCCAUUAAGAAAUAGCAACUUAAAAGGAUACUAUCCUGCCGGAAAUAGGCAGCAAAGGACCAAACAAUAAUGGAUGCACUAUGCACGGUAUACGCCAGAUAUUAAAGAUACAAACCACAAAAAGGCGGUGGUUUGGGUGUUGCUUGUUGUUUGUUGAGAGUGUAGGCUAGAAAAUAUGGAACACAAUUUACGGAAAAAGUAUUUACAUUGUUGUUUGUUGUGCAGACACGUGUAGACGUAAAAGCACAGCCAGAUAUAGUUAGGGAAUCUAUCUGUAAUGCAUCAUCAUCUAAUAUUACGUAUCUCUGGUUCAAAUGUAAGUGUCCAAAAUGUGUAUUUGCUCUUGUUGUCGUCGAAGAAGCCAAAAGUAUUCACGGACGGUCUUCCCCAUUAUUUUGUGAUAAAAGCGAUCCUCCGGACCGGAAUAUCCGGAACGAACAGCCUAAACUUAGCUUAGUUUAUAUAUAGCGCAACCGUAGCGUUUGUUGAAACCCUUCGGCGUAUGUUUAGUCUAAAACUGCAUGUGCAUGAAACACGACGUGAACAGGCGUGACGCGCGUGUGUGUGUGUUUUUGCAACUUUAUUAAUGAAACGUUCGUACGACCAGCAUCGGUUUGUGGUGGGCAUGGGAUUAGAUGUUUAUUGUUUAGAAAAUAGUUAAACUCGACCAAGGCAACCAAGGCACAUUGAUGCGGCUAAAUUUAAAAUUGUGCCCCAUUUUCCCAUACUGGAAAACGUUUCACAAAACAAAAGUGUGCCAAAUGGAAAUCAAAUCGUUACAAAUGAAUGAAACAUUCAAAUUAUGGCCAAUUUUAUCGUUCUAUCGCGAUGCAAAGUCGUAAUUUAAGGAAGCGUUUAUAUUAAGAUAGUGUGUUGCGUAAGAAAAUCCUUUUCCACGCUCACGUACAAUACGCACAAAGUCCCACACACACAUACACAUUGCGACAAUUAUGUGUUGAUUCCAAGGAAAACCAGUAUCACAAGCACGCUAGCACUAUGUACUAUUUUUCCUCUCCGUUAUCUUGUAUGUAAAAUUGAUAGGUACCGAUCGGAACGGUAAACAAAACUUUCUCGUUCUAGGAUGUUAGGAAGCACAACCAGAUAAGCAAUAGAACUCUUUUAUCUGCAAAUACAAAUUUUUAUUCCUUAUAAGCUAAAUAAAUACAAAAAUGAUGUAAUGCAAUCGUGUGAUGUAAA